UCCUGUCGCACAAGAGCGAGUAGCCUUCGUUCUGGGUCCUGAGACAUUUCUAAGCAGUGGUAUGAUCGCGACAGAUCUUACCCGUCACUAAGACAUGCUGUCCGCCACCCGUUACGAUGGCGUCGAUAGCCUGCCGCAGCCCCCUUUUAAGAGCCGGGCUUAGGUGCAGACCUUUAUACGCUUCGGCGGUAUCCCGAUACGCGCGUCUCUGCUGCCGACCGUCUCCAAAAUUGGCAUUCUCACUCUCUCUCCUCCUGCGAGCCACCCGAGCACGCGAAACAUCGUUUCCCCCCUUCCCAUGUUGUGCGCAGAUAGCGCGGUAUCCCCUCGAUCUCGACGAUCUCGACCCGGACAACAGGCGCUCCAUCGUCUACCACGGGUGCACGCAUGCUGUCUUAAAAAUAUCUCUCCCCUGGCUUUUAGCACAUGGUCGUAGCAUGCCAGCCAUCCUCGACUGCUACGGUAGACCUGGGAGCUCCCGGCUUCCAGCGAGCAGAAAUGACAGACGGGAACGGUCGCGAGGGUCUAGGCAGGUCCGUUCGGCGCCGCCAAGACCUAGUCGAGCUAUCGAGCUUCCUACUGCGUCGGCAGUAUUAGUAUACGCAUAGACGAUCAGCGAGCCAGUUCUGGCUCUCCUUCUCUCUACCUCGUCCCCCCCCUGCAGCACGUGUUGUUUCGACUCCUUAGAGCGCAACACCGCUCGCCCUCCUCCCCUGUUCUCCCCUCCCCCAUGAGAUCGAGUGUGGUGAGGAAACAAAACGCGCACCUGGGUAGCAGUAACACUAUCGCUGCUACCGGUGCCACUGCUGCUGCUACUUGUGCCACGGCUUGUG